AUCAACUGCCCAAUCUCCAUCUUUGCAGUUCCCAUGUUCAAAUCUCAAUCACUUUUCAAGUUUUCACCAAUAAUUUCUCUUCCUCAUCCAUCCAUUCAUUCUUCUUCUUUUUCUUCUGUACUGAUUUCGUUUAUGAAAUUCAUUGGGACUACUGCAAAUCACAAAGCAUUACGUUUUGGUUCAGGUACUUGGUGUCUUCCUUUCUUGUGCAAUUGAUUCUGUUCCUUUUAGCUGUUUCUCUUUCCAGCUGAGUGACAGAGAUAGGGAGAAUUGUUUUGGGAAUUGGGUCGUUGUUGGGAAGCUCGCUGGUGACGGCGUUUAAACGGGCCGACCGCGAUCACGCUGGCGGGGAUAAAAUCGAAAGCAGUCCCCAGAAUAAUUCCGGUUUCUAAGUUCUGGGAAUCCCUCUUUCAAUGGCACAUUCUUGCAUAUAUUUCAUUUCACUCUGUACUACUGUCAAUUCAUAACAAACUUGGGGUUUUCCUAAAUUUUACUGUUUGCAUGGCCAGAGAGAGAGAGAGAGAGAUGUGUAUGAUUGUGUUACUGCGAAAGAAGCUGAGAGAUGUGCAUGCUUGCGUUACUGCGAAUGAAGCUGUGAUCCUGUGGCCAAAUUGUUUGUUGAAAUGUUGAUAUGAAGCCAAGGCGUUUGUUGAAAUGUUUAUAUGAAAAUUUGUGUCACAUUUCUUCCACAUGGUUGUGUUCGUGUUAGUCAGCCGUGUAUGAUUGUGUUAGUGGUCGGCUUCAAGAAAGUAUAAGUGUCCACAAUUCCUUCAUGUUGCCAGCUUCAAGACCUUACAAUUAUGCUGGACUUACCUGAAGAAAUAUGAGUGUUGAUGAAGAUUUAACUUCUUGAAUCUCAAGAAAAUGAGAUUUGGAGGCUUUCAAAGAGUUUGUAGAGGAAACUUGCUAGAACGUUCCAUACUGCAUAAAGUGAACCUUACUAGAGUUGAGUCGUUGUUCAUGAUUGGCAUAGGUAGGCAAGUAUCUCCAGCUUAUUCUACCCUUGGAAGGGUCAAUGGUGACAAUGAUAAGGAUGUUGGUAAAAUGACACUAGCGCAGAACUUAGCCUUUCUUGUUGAGGAAGCUUCUUAUCUUGAUGAGAAAAAAACUUGUACCCGAAUGGAGCUUAAAAGGUUAGUUGAACUACGAAUAAAGAAGCGGGUGAAGGAACAGUAUGUGAAUGGGAAGUUUCAAGACCUUAUGAAAAAGGUGAUCACCAAUCCUAAAACUCUUCAGGAUGCUUAUAAUUGUAUUCGACUCAACUCAAAUGUUGACUUAGCAUGCAAAAGUGAUGCCAUAUGUUUUGAGUCCAUGGCAGAAGAGCUCUCAAGUGGGACCUUUGAUGUUAAUGAGAAUACCUUCUCUAUAUCAACAAAAGGUGCAAGAAAAGAAGUCCUGGUCCUUCCUAAUUUAAAGUUGAAGGUUAUUCAAGAAUCCAUUAGAAUAGUUUUGGAAGUUGUUUAUAGGCCCCACUUUUCUAAGAUUUCACAUGGCUGUCGAAGUGGAAGGGGGCAGCUUUCUGCUUUGAAGUAUAUUCGUAAAGAGAUCCGCAAUCCUGAUUGGUGGUUCACAUUGCCUGUAAGCAAAAAGACUGACGAUUGCAUCCUUGCUGAACUAAUUUCCACAAUGGAGGAUAAGAUAGAAGACCCUGCUUUGUAUGCUGUCAUUCGAAGCAUGUUUGAUGCGCAGGUGCUCAAUUUGGAGUUUGGAGGUUUCCCAAAAGGUCACGGCCUUCCACAAGAAGGUGUGUUAUCCCCUGUUUUGAUGAAUAUAUACCUUGACCUCUUUGACUCUGAAUUUUACAGGAUGUCAAUGAGUUACGAAGCUCUUAGUGAGGCUUCUCAUAUUGAUCAAAGUGGUUCUCUCCCCAAGUUGCGCAGCUGGUUUAGGAGACAGUUGAAAGGCUCUAAUGUCAAAUGCCCAACUGAAGAGAACUCUGAUUUUAGAGCACAUGCCUGUCGCUUCAUGGAUGAGAUAUUUUUUGCUAUUUCAGGUCCCAAAGAUGCUGCUUUGAAAUUCAAGUCUGAGAUUCAGAAUUAUAUGCUAAACUCUCUUCACCUGGAUGUUGACACUCAAACUGAGAUAUUACCAUGUGAUGGACCUCAUGGGGUUCGAUUUCUUGGAUGUUUGGUGAGAAGAACUGUUAAAGAAAGUCCUGCUGUUAGAGCUGUUCACAAAUUGAAAGAUAAAGUUCAGCUAUUUGCUUCCCAGAAACAAGAGGCUUGGGAUGCUGGCACAGUUAGAGUUGGGAAGAAAUGGCUAGCCCAUGGUUUGAAAAAGGUCAAAGAGUCAGAGAUAAAGCAUUUGGCCGAUAAUACCUCUUUAUUGAGUCAAAUUUCCUGUUUUCGUAAAGCUGGGAUGGAAACAGAUCACUGGUACAAGUUCUUAAUGAAGAUAUGGAUGCAAGACAUGAAUGCUAAAGCUGCAAAUAAUGAGGAAGUUAUUUUAUCUAAAUAUAUUGCAGAACCGGCUCUCCCCCAAGAACUAAGGGACUCCUUUUAUGAAUUUCAAAAGCGAGCAGAAGAAUAUAUAGCUUCUGAAACAGCUUUAACUCUUGCACUUUUGCCCAAUCCCAGCUCUUCUACCCAAGCUGCCAGUUCUACUGAGAUUAUUGCACCUAUCAAUGGCAUAAACAAACGUCUGUUACGAUAUGGGUUGACCAAUGCCGAAGGAUACCCUCGUGCAUCUUCUGUGCUUAUUUUGCAAGAUAAUAUCCAGAUUAUUGACUGGUUUUCAGGUAUUGUUCGUCGAUGGCUUAGAUGGUACCAUGAGUGUGACAACUUUGAUGAGGUGAAGUGCAUUAUAUUGGGUCAAUUAAGGAAGUCUUGCAUCCGUACGCUAGCGGCAAAAUUUCGAAUGCAUGAAACUGAGGUAGAGAAACGGUUUGAAUCAGAACUGAGUAGAAUCCCGUGUACCCAAGAGAUAGAGCAAGAGAUGGUGAAUGAGACACCAGAUUCUCUAGCUUGUGAUAAUGAUGAGGCAUUAACAUAUGGGAUUUCUUCCAGUGGCUUGUGUCUGCUAUCUCUGGCAAGGAUGGUGAGCCAAUCACGACCUUGCACUUGUUUUGUUAUCGGCUGCUUGGCUGCCGCACCAAGUGUUUACACCCUUCAUGUUAUGGAAAGGCAGAAGUUUCCAGGUUGGAAAACUGGUUUCUCGAGUUGUAUCCAUCCUAGCUUAAAUAAAAGGAGAAUUGGGCUGUGCAAACAGCAUUUAAGAGAUCUGUAUCUUGGUGAUAUAUCACUUCAGUCUAUUGAGUUUGGUUCCUGGAAAUGAGAGCUAUUCGCUUCACUUGCAACCUUAUUUAAGCAGUGGGAUGCCCAUCAUUUUGUCCAUUCCCUUCUGUAGAAAUCUGAAGAUGGUUUUGAUGUCCAAGGAAUUCUGUUUUGCAUUCCCAUUUUAAAGGGUCCAGCAUGCAAAAGCUUGACAGUUGAUGCUGCUACUUCAGCAAGUCCAGGCUGAGGGAAUGUUCAAGCUUGAUAUACAUUGUUGGCCUACAACCUAAUAGCUCAAGAUUUUAAGUAAGGAUGAUUUUGAGACCUGGGAAAUUUACCCUUGUGUCUGAGAGGUUGAUUAUGGGUCUAACAAAGAAACUUUGAAGAUCUCUACGCUGACUCAACUGUUGAUGAGAAGGCAUUUUGAGGCAGCUGAGGCAAGAUUUUUUGGAUCACUAUUUACGGUCUGUUUGGUCGGCAAGAAAUGCAAAAAGAGGAAAAACAGAAAAAGAAAAACUUAUGAUAGUAGAGGAAAAGAAACUGGUUUUAUUCCCAGAUUAGUUGGUUUUAUGAGAGGUGACCUAGGGGAAUGUGGUAAAGGGGCAGAAAAAACUGACCUUUUUAAAAGGGAAAGAAAAAAAAUAUUUUCUCUGCAUUUAUUUAAACCAAAUAAGAGCAGUGAAUAGAAACUCAUUUCUUUUCUCAUUUUCUGUUCACUUCUCUCCACCCAAACAGACUCUCAGUGCCUUUGUUGAAGAAAUUCAUGCUACUGCCAAACCAAUACUUGGAGAGUUCAGCCAAGGAACAAAACUGCAAUGACGAUUUAUCAUUACUAAAUUUGUAAUACUUUUCCAAAUCAAUGUAAUUUAAUUGCUUGUACCUUUUUGAUUUGCAUCAAUUUGUUUCACUUGUGGGUGUAUGUGAUUAACUCUACCUGUUGAGAGAUAAUCAAAUGUUCCUUUAAUAUGUCUUCCAUUACUCAACAUUGAAGGCUUGCUCAUAAAUCUCUAAUGAUAAGUUUGGUUCUUGAAA